GGCCAGACCAUGAAAAGGCAGGAUGGGUGGAGCUGAACAAGGGGGAAAAGGAUAAAUGCCAAGUCCUGACUUACAGCACCACCCAUAAUUUGUUCGUUCGUCCUCAGUGCAGGGCAACAGGACUUUGGGUUCAAGAUGGUGACAGCAGCCAUGUUGCUACGGUGCUGCCCAGUGCUUGCCCAGGGACCUACAGGUAUCAUGGGCAAGAUAAUUAAGUCUCAUCAGUUCCUGUUCAGCAAUGGACGCUGUCCUGUCUUGGCCACUCAAGGACCAACCUAUUUCCAAAUCCAUCUGAAGGCAACCAAGUCUGGAAAAGAUUCACCAGUAUGGGCCAAGAGCCACUGUCCCUUCAUGCUGUCAGAACUUCAGGAUGGGAAGAGCUUGAUUGUGCAGAAGGCAGCCCCAGAAGUCCAGGAGGAUGUGAAGACAUUCAAAACAGGAAACCAUGCUUUUGAUUAUGACCAAUUUUUCAGGAAAAAGAUUAUGGAGAAGAAACAAGACCACACCUACCGUGUUUUCAAGACCGUUAACCGCUGGGCUGAUGCAUACCCUUUUGCUCAGCACUUCUUUGAGGCAUCUGUGGCCUCAAAAGAUGUGUCUGUCUGGUGCAGUAAUGACUAUCUGGGCAUGAGCAGACACCCUCGGGUCUUGCAAGCCACACAGGACACACUUCAGCGUCAUGGAGCUGGAGCUGGUGGCACCCGCAAUAUUUCUGGUACCAGUAAGUUUCAUGUGGAAUUGGAACAAGAGCUGGCUGACUUGCACCAAAAAGACUCAGCCCUUCUCUUUUCAUCGUGCUUUGUAGCCAAUGAUUCCACUCUCUUCACUUUGGCCAAGAUUCUACCAGGGUGUGAGAUUUAUUCAGAUGCUGGCAACCAUGCUUCAAUGAUCCAAGGUAUCCGCAACAGUGGAGCUGUCAAGUUUGUCUUCAGGCACAAUGACUCUGAACACCUGAAGAAACUUUUGAUGAAUUCUAACCCUGAGACACCCAAAAUUGUAGCAUUUGAAACUGUUCACUCCAUGGAUGGUGCCAUCUGUCCCCUUGAGGAAUUGUGUGAUGUGGCCCACCAGUAUGGGGCUCUGACCUUUGUGGAUGAGGUUCAUGCUGUAGGACUAUACGGGUCACAGGGAGCUGGAAUUGGAGAACGUGAUGGAAUUAUGCAUAAGAUUGACAUCAUCUCUGGGACUCUUGGCAAGGCCUUUGGUUGUGUAGGCGGCUACAUUGCCAGUACCCGUGACUUGGUGGACACGGUACGCUCCUAUGCUGCAGGCUUCAUCUUUACCACUUCACUGCCUCCGAUGGUGCUCUCUGGAGCUCUGGAAUCUGUGCGGCUGCUCAAGGGAGAGGAAGGUCAAGCCCUUAGGCGAGCCCACCAGCGUAAUGUCAAGCACAUGCGCCAGCUACUCAUGGACAGGGGCCUUCCAGUCAUCCCUUGCCCCAGUCACAUCAUCCCUAUCCGGGUGGGUGAUGCAGCACUGAACAGCAAAAUCUGUGAUCUCUUGCUCUCCAAACAUGGCAUCUAUGUACAAGCCAUUAACUACCCAACUGUACCCCGGGGUGAGGAGCUACUGCGUCUGGCACCUUCCCCCCACCAUAACCCCCAAAUGAUGGAAGACUUUGUAGAGAAACUACUGGCAACUUGGUCUGAGGUGGGGCUACCCCUACAGGAUGUGUCUGUAGCUGCCUGCAAUUUCUGCCAUCGUCCUGUACACUUUGAGCUCAUGAGUGAAUGGGAGCGUUCCUACUUUGGGAAUAUGGGGCCUCAGUAUGUGACCAUCUAUGCUUGAGAAGUCAGCAGCUUCGAAUCCCCAUCCCACUUGCAAUACAUUUGCAUAAGGACCUCUGCUUUGUUGUAUGCUUCUAGAUUACUUGAGUUUGGAAAUAAAAAGCCAAUUGCAGCA